CAGCUCAAACAAGUGGCUGGAGCCUUGAUGAAAAACGCACACAUGCAGUCUGGCACCGGUAAACUGCAGGAAUGAUCAUCUGAUUCCAAAUGUUUUUUUUGUUCCUACUGAAUGGUUAGACAAGGACUCUGCACAACCUCAAGGGGAUUUACAGUUGGAUGCCAUUGGGAAAAUGUCUGUCUUAGUGUGGGGAUGGGAUAUCGGACGGGUUCCGACAGCACUGUGGGCAAGCGACGGUAUCAGAUCCAAAACGGGCCAUGCAGCUAUACCUUUCUGCUGCCUGAGCAAGAGAACUGCCAAAGCCCGAGCAGCAGCUACAAUUAUCCAGCUCAAAAGGACGGGCCCACAGACCUUGACGAGUCAGCGCACAGGUUGGAACAGCUGGAGAUGGUCAUGGAGAAUAACACACAGUGGCUACUUAAGCUACAGAAUUACAUCCAGGAAAGCAUGAAGCAGGACAUGGUCCAAAUCCAACAGAGUGCAGUGCAAAAUCACACAGCUACAAUGAUUGAAAUAGGAACAAACCUGCUCAGUCAAACUGCAGAGCAAACAAGGAAACUGACCAAUGUGGAGGCACAGGUAAUUAAUCACACAACUCGACUUGAGCGGAAGCUUCUUGAGAAUUCUUUGUCGACCAAUAAACUGGAAAAACAAGUUAUUGUACAAACAAAUGAAAUAAAUAAGCUGAAUGACAAAAACAGCUUGUUGGAAAAGAAAGUAAAGGAGUUGGAGGAGCAGAGGCAGGUGGAGCAGAAGAUGCUUCGAGUGGAAAAGGACCAACUUCAGACUCUAAUACAGAGGCAGACGGCCAUCAUUGGCGAGCUGGAGCAACAGUUGCUCAGGGUGUCAUCCAACAACAGUGUCCUGCAGCAUCAGCAACAGGAGCUCCUGGAUACUGUGAACCACCUAAUUCACACCUUCUCGACUGGCUCAGCCCGAGAGACCAAACCUGCCAUGAUGCAGGAUACUCCCUCCACAUACAUGGACUGUGCUGCUGUCUUCAAGUCAGGAAACACAAAGAGUGGGGUCUAUACUCUCACUUUACCCAAUACUACUGUGGAGGUUAAGGCUUUCUGUGACAUGGAGAUGGAGGCAGGUGGCUGGACAGUGCUACAAAAACGCUUUGAUGGCAGUGUUGACUUUCACCGUACGUGGCAAGAGUAUAAAAAGGGUUUUGGAGAUCCUUCAGGUGAAUUCUGGUUAGGAAAUGAAUUUGUAUCCAGGCUGACAAGUCAACAUUCCUACAGCCUAAGGAUCCAAUUGAGUGACUGGGAAGGGAACUCUGAAUUCUCCCAGUAUGACCAGUUCUCACUCGAUGGUGAAGGACAAAACUACAGGAUACACCUUAAAGGCUACAGUGGAACAGCAGGCAAAAUAAGCAGCAUCGGUCAGCCAGGAAGUGAUUUCAGUACAAAGGAUGCAGACAAUGACAAAUGUGUUUGCAAAUGCUCACAACUGACAACAGGAGGUUGGUGGUUUGAUGCUUGUGGGCCAUCUAAUUUAAAUGGCAUGUAUUACCAGCGAGGCCAAAACUCCAAUCGAUUCAAUGGCAUCAAAUGGUACUACUGGAAGGGCUCAGGAUAUUCACUAAAGGCCACAUCUAUGAUGAUCAGGCCAGCAGACUUCUAAGUUUAAGCAUUUGAAUGGGCACUAAACAAGAUGGAGUCCAAAGCACCUCAUUACAUUCCUGAAAAGACUAAUGGGGAAAGUAGUAAUUGGCUAAUUAACUAAUCUUAAUGAUCUGAGUCAAAAACUGUCAAACUAAGGCACGUCCCACACAGAGUGAUGCGGCCAAACGUGACGUUACUGUUGCGCAAUGUUCAAGGUUCUGCAACUAGUGUUAAUGAGUGGCUAAGGGCCACUAGUUUUGCUGAAAUUUGACGUAUGUAUAUGUAUGUAUGUAUAUAUAUAUAUAUAUAUAUAUAUAUAUAUAUAUAUAUAUACACACACACACACACACACACACACACACACACACACACACACACACACACUGUAAAUAAUUCUGCACAUAUUAUAUAGCAAGAGAGGCAAUGACAAUCACGCAAUAAUUUUGUUUGGUGUUCAAUAAAAAUAAUGUACUACAGUAUAUGUGGCGCAUCCAAACUUUGUUUUCCAAUAAGAACGCCAGUAUGUGUGCAAGCUGUGUCUGAAUCACUGACUGUAAUUUGUUCAGAAUCACCUAGUUCAAUCACAUUUGGCCACAUCACUCUGUGUGCGGUGGGCCGAACAUGAAACAAAAUGUGGGAAGAAUUAACAACUUUGGCUAUUAGAAUGUGUGGUGAAGGUGUACAGUUACUUAAUAAUAUAUACGUUGAUAUUAACUUGGCAGUGCCACGGUGGCCAAUGACACUUCCCAGAAAUGGAGGCUGUGGUACAACAUGAACACUGGUGAAAAAACAAUUGGCUCUUUAUAUUUAUUAUCAUCACUUGCUCUACAUUGAUUAUUGCUGUAGACGUCUAAAAAGCUAAUUAUAAAUGACACUGAGAAUCUCAGUUAACAUACCAUUUCUUGUGGAGAAUGUAUUCACUACAGUACUGUACAUUUUUGUUUUAUUUAUAUGUGGAAUAUUAUUUGAUGAUUUAAUGUACUUGUUCUGUUGCAUCAUCACGUCACCUAAAUGUGAGUUGCUAGACAACUAGCAUUUGUAUUGCACAAACGUUUUUUUGGGGGAAAGUACAUCUUUAUUUAUGUAAUGGUUUAUUAGAAUAUCUCGUUCAAACCUGAGUUUUUAUGAAAAUGUACAUGUUUAAAGAUUAGUUUGUGUAUUGUGUUGCUUUAAAGGUCACUUAUCAUAUUUAGUAUUUCAAAUGUUAUUCCUACAACUCCAGAGAUUUCGCGUGGGUGUAGCUUGUGAACAUUGAAUUGAAUAUACAGUACUUAUCACAGUAUAAAUGUGAAAAUUUUUAGUGGAGGUGGGAGUGCAUACUUUAUCAAGUAGGAGCAACAAGUUGCAAGAAUUGUAGAUAAUACUACUGAAAAUAUGUUUCUUGAAACCCCAUCACACUGUACAAACUGACUAAAAAGAAAUGCAUGUGGUUCUGCGAACAACACAAAUGCAGAAGGACUGUGACAGAAAUGUACCGACAUUUGUCUACGUCAAGAGGCUGUCGUUGCUCACUGUGGCAGGAGAGGACAGUGACUCACGAGUUCAGGAAGAGGCAACAUCCACAUUUCUCACAGGAUACUUCAGGAAAAACAAGCUUACUGAAAAUGGAUGGCUGGCAAUAAAAACUAGCAGGUGGCCAAGUGACUUCCUCCGCCUUGCAUUUAUGACCAAUUAUUGGAUUGAGUGUCAGAGCGGGGAGGAGCACAAAUGCUUUGUAUUGUGAACAUGAUUAAUAAAAGCAGACACUUUACAACACAAAAUAACAACUGGACUUGUCUGAAAGUAAAGAAUGCAAAUGUUUCAUUUGAAGUGCAAGUUGAAUAGAAGUUAUGAUCAGAAUAGCCUGAAGCUAUAAUAACUGCCAAAAUGAAAAAUGAGGGAACCAGCAGAAGCACAUGCAUUGCUAUUUUGUUUUAAUAUUUCAUACUUGUUAUACUCAUUUAACCAGUUGAAUGUUUUUGAUCCAACAUACAUGGGGCCAUUUAUGAAUUAAUUAACAAUACUAUAAGUAUGUAAUCAGGGUAAAUACAGUAUUACAAGUCUAUGAAUGUUCAAAUACUGUCUCAAUGUUCUUUAUAUUUUAUUUCAAUUUUCUGGAAUUGUGGUUACAUUUCUUACUGUCCCCAGAAAGUGCCUAUUUAUUUGGAGAAUUAAUAAAAAAAAAUUAUUUCAAGACUAAAA